GAGAGAGAGGAAGAAGAAACUGGGUGUUGCCGCCUCUGAGACACACUCAUGCAUCACAGAGUAACAGCAGCAGCGUGAGGACAAAGCAUCCCUCCAUCCUUCUCUCUGGGAAAACAAGGCUGCCCCUUUUUCAAUUAUUGAAGCCGUACAAAACCUUUUUCAUUAUUAAAUAUAAUCAAAGCCGAGAUUUUGUGGAGAUUUACCGCACCUUGUCAUCAGGAGAGCGAGUUCACCGCCGUAGAGAAGAGAGCUCGGUGUGAAAGCAGACGGACCGUUUCAGCACCUUGGACAGCGAACAUGGCUCCAAUUGUGGAGGAAGGAGCUCAGCUCGUGGCGGUGCCAGUAGGUGUCGCUGUGGUGAGUGUCUUCGGCCUUGUCUUCACUGUGUCAGCGUUUGCAUGGAUCUGUUGCCAGCGUAAAAACGGCAAGUCCCAGAAGACACCUCCCUAUAAGUUUGUGCACAUGCUCAAAGGGGUCGACAUCUACCCGGAGAGCCUCAGCAACAAGAAGAAGUUCGCUGCACAUGCCACCAUGACAACUAACGACACCGGUAAGACUGAUGUUAAUGGAAACUGCCACACCGUGGCACCAAUGAGUCCGACCAGCAACGGUAAACUGGACUCGAGUCCAAACGGUUCUAGACAGGCUCUGCAUCUGGAUCUGGAGAACAGGGAUCUGAAUGGCAACUUUACCACCAAACCAUUUCAUCACCACAACCAGAAGGUGCGGAGCUCCCCGGACCUGGAGCUGCCCUCUCCCCAUGCAGGGUUCACCCAACCUGGGGUGAUGGACCGCCGUGAUCCCCCUUCUCCAUCCAGCACCCUCUCCAGCCAGGCGCCCACCCCGGCUGUGGACAAGCCCCAGGGAGAGGAGCGGGUGGGCGGACUAGGGACCCUCCACUUCUCCCUGGAAUACCAGCCAGAGAAGAAGGCAUUCAUCGUCCAUAUCAAGGAAGCCCAUGGCCUGACUCCAACUGAUGAGCAGUCACUGACCUCUGACCCUUACAUCAAGCUGACCCUGCUGCCGGAGAAAAAGCACCGGGUGAAGACCAGAGUCCUGAGGAAGACUCUUGACCCCGCCUUUGACGAGACCUUCAGCUUCUACGGGAUCCCGCUGGCCCGAGUGUCGGAGUUGGCCCUUCACUUCAUGGUGCUGAGCUUUGAUAGGUUCUCCCGCGAUGAGGUCAUCGGAGAGACCCUUGUACCCUUGUCUGGGAUCGACUUAUCAGAGGGCCGUGUCCUCAUGAGCCGAGAAAUCAUCAAGAAGAAUGUCAAGAAGUCCUCGGGCCGAGGCGAGCUGCUGCUCUCCCUGUGUUACCAGUCCACCACCAACACGCUGACCGUGGUCGUCCUCAAAGCUCGCCAUCUGCCCAAGAUUGAAAACAACGGACCCACAGAUCCGUACGUCAAGGUGAACAUGUACCAAGGGAAGAAGCGCGUGUGUAAGAAGAAGACCCAUGUGAAGAAGUGCUCCCCCAACCCCGUCUUCAACGAGCUCUUUGUCUUUGAUCUGCCCUCCGACGAGGGCCUGAGAGACACCAGCGUGGAGCUGCUGCUGAUGGACUCAGACACAGGCAACUCGCGCUGCCCCAACACCAGCCUUGGGCGCCUGGUGCUGGGAACGUCAGUGGCGGGCACAGCCGGCGAGCACUGGAGGGAGAUCUGUGACCACCCGCGUCGCCAGAUUGCCAAGUGGCACGGCUUGUCAGAGGAUUAGAGCGCCACGGUGUUAGUGGAUUCUGCCGUCCAUGUCUGAUCUGGUCCAACCACGAGAGGGAUGGAAUGAGGAUGGGCGGGAUUUAACGCCCAUUGGACUUUCAGUGAGGGCAAGGGGGGAAAUAAAUUGUGUGGGGGGGCUUUUGUGUUAUGGGGAGGGUCAUUUUAAGUGAUGUCAUCAUUCAAUCAAUCACUCAAUCACUUAUCUUUGAAGUUAUUGGGGUUCAGCGGACGAGGGCGGGGCUUGACAAAGAGAACCCUGUAGCUUUAAAUGAUCCCAAAGACUGUCACCGAAAAAUCACCUGGUAACACGCAACGUCAUCUCCAUGGCAACUACCAAUUGUCACUGUAACCGUGUGCAGUGCAGAAUGUCUUAAAUGUCGCUAUUACUCUUCUUCUUCUUUUCUUCCUCUGCUCCCUCUUCUUCUUCUCUUUCUCCGGCUCUUCCUCCUAUAAAUAGUAACCGAGACCAUCGUAUGAAAACCAGAAUGAACCACAUCUGACAAUGCUGUAAAAAAUGUGGAUUAUUAAAGUUUAUUUUAUAACGACAAUGUUUUCUUCAUAAAGAUGUAGAUUGUUUUUAUUUAUGUUCUUGUUUUGUACUCUUAUGGUUGAGUUGUUGAACAUGUUUUGUAAGUAUAAGUGGUAUUUCAUAUAUGAUUACUUAUUAAGUACAAGAAAGCCUAAAUUAGGUGGUUUGAGAAUAGACUGGAACAGACAGAGUGCACUGGGGACAGUUAACUGUGGAUGCAUUUAUGUGCGUGUGUUCGAUGUGAGAGUGCUGGUACUGAAGCGACUGUGUGUGUGUGUGUGUGUGUGUGUGUGUGCGUGUGAGCCACAUGUUUACUGUAGGUGUUUUGUCCCCCCUUACUGUGAGCACAAAGACAGCUGAAAUGUAAAUGUAUGUACGUUACUAUAAAAUAUGGCAAGUUCUGA